AUGGCAACUGCUUUCAACCGAGGUCGUUCCACUUUCUACCUGGUCUUCGCGUUUUGUGAGCAUGACCUCGCCGGACUGCUGAGUAACAUGAAAGUGAAAUUUUCCCUCGGCGAAAUCAAGGAGGUAAUGAAGCAACUGCUGGAAGGCCUUUACUUCAUCCACGCACAAAACAUCCUGCAUCGAGACAUGAAGGCGGCGAACAUUCUGAUCACCAAGGACGGUGUAUUGAAGUUGGCCGACUUCGGCUUGGCGCGCCCUGUUAUGAAACAAGACCCGAGGUACACGAACCGAGUGGUAACACUUUGGUACCGUCCCCCGGAACUGUUGCUCGGCGAUCGCAAGUACACCACUGCGAUUGACAUUUGGGGAGCCGGUUGCAUCAUGGCAGAGCUGUGGACCAGGAGUCCUAUUAUGCAGGGUGCAACGGAGCAACGCCAAAUAAUGUUGAUCAGUCAGCUGUGCGGCAGCAUCAUGCCAGACAUUUGGCCAAACGUUGUCAACUUGGAUUUGUACCGCAAGAUUGAGCUGCCCCAUGGUCUAAAGCGAAAAGUGAAGGAACGACUGCAGCCUUACGUGAAAGACCCAUUUGCACUGGACUUGAUCGAUCAGCUGCUCACGCUCGAUCCCAGUAGAAGAAUCGACGCAGACAAGGCGCUGAAUCAUCAAUUUUUUUGGAGCGAUCCUAUGCCAUGCGGACUAAAGAGAAUGUUGAGUGAACACACCACUUCGAUGUUCGAGUACCUGGCGCCUCCUCGUCGUAGGGGAGUUGCCGGCGUAGGACCGAGUAGCACAGCGGUAGACAAACAAGAAGGCUAUCAUGACCGAGUUUUUUAA